AUGAGCCCCACGCCGUCAUCUCUAUCUCCACCAUACCAACUUCCCCAUCCCAAAUUCCGUCCCCUCUCUCAACAAGACGUUCACACCAGCUGGGAAAGACUGCGCCGCUCGUGCGAUGCCUGUCAGAUAGCUAAGGUCAAGUGCAGCCAGCAUAAGCCCUCCUGUCAUCGUUGCAUACGGCAUGGCCAGCCCUGUGUUUACAGCCCGCAACGCCGCACUGGACGCCCCCGCAAGAAAGCAUCGCAGAAACACGACCCUCCCGAAGCCAUCAAUAACAAUGACCCCGAUGUCACAGCAGUGUCCACCGACCCUCGUGCUCAAGCAACGGGCGCCUCCUUCCCUGGGACCCCAGACCUGGUGAUGGCCGAUGUUGCGGAUGACCCCCAGUUCCUGCCAAUGGGCCCGCAGGGGAAUGGCGUGGAUGGAAGGGAUGGGUUCAUGCAGCCCUCGCUGGAGGCCCUCUUAGAGGCCUCCCUCCCCAAUAGUGGCGGCGGCAAUAAGCCCUCUGGAUCGCCUGGCAUCAUCGCUCGUCCGCUCCCCACCCACGACCAGAACAAUAACCCCUACAAUCCUCCCGCCAAUGACGACAUCCAUAAUCUGAUCUCCAACACAUCGCCCCACGCCUUGGGGGACUGGUCGCUCUUCAUUCACGACUUUGAUCUGCCCGUCGUGAUGCCGUCCUCGUCCCAGGUGCUCGAUCUCGAUCAAAUACCCGCCCUGGAUAUGGGCACCUCCAGUUCCAGCAGCGAAUGUGGCGACUGCGGUGCCAGAUGCUACACCAUACUCCUGCGGCAGCUGCUGUUCCUUCGCCAAUCUAUCCCUGAGUCAAAUCGGCCCUCGAUCGACGUGAUCCUCCAGGUAGAGCGACAGGUGCGGACUUUGCUCGAUCGCAUUGUCGGAUGCGUCUCCUGUCUCAGCAACCGCUCCUCGGUGCUCCUGCUAUCAGUCAUCACUGAGCGCGUUGUGCAGAUGCUUGACUGGAUCAUCGAAGAGAAGACCUUGCUGGACACGGAGAACGCCCGUUCCACCCGACGCGCCCUCGGCACCCAUGCCCUCGCCGCCGGCAGUGGGGUGGAGCGGAAACACGUGUGCCGCAUUCCCUUACGUGUGGGGGAGCUGCUGAUGGACGAGGACAGCAAGCAAUACUUCCUCAAGCACCUCAUCCUUAUGCGCAUGAAGGACCUGGCGGCCAAGAUGCAGGAUACCCGACGGACCACGGCCACCCGCCCCAAUGACUGCAUUUACCGCUCAGCCGAUCUAGUCAUGGUUGAGUCACUGAACCGCCUGGAUUAUCUGCGGGGCCAGGUCCGCUUAUGGGAGUGA